AUGUGUGGAAUUUUCGCGUGCCACCAUCACCCGGAUGUGCAAAAGUUCAAGCCUACCGCUUUGCGCAUGGCCAAGGCUGUGCGCCAUCGCGGUCCCGAUUGGAGUGGAAACUUCUGCGCCGAGAGCACUAUCCUGGCGCACGAGCGUCUGAGCAUUGUCGGUGUUGACUCCGGUGCCCAGCCCCUCGUCAACGAUGACAGCACCCUCGCCCUCGCCGUCAACGGUGAGAUCUACAACCACCGCCUCAUUCGCAAGAACCUUCGCCACAAGUACGACUUCAAGACACACUCUGAUUGUGAAGUUAUCAUUCCCUUGUAUGAGGAGUAUGGCCUUGAUGCCCCCAAGCACCUUGAUGGCAUGUUCUCUUGGGUUCUUUGGGAUAAGAAGCAGGACCGUGUUGUUGCUGCCCGUGACCCCAUCGGUAUCACCAGCUUCUACCUUGGCCGGUCCUCGUCGACUCCCGGCGCCGUCUACUUUGCCUCUGAGCUCAAGUGUCUGCACCCCACCGACUCCCUGACCCGCUACUUCGAGCCCAAGUGGUGGAACCCUGCCAACGUCCCCUCGACCCCUGUUGACUACAAGGUAGUCCGCCACAGCCUCGAGAAGGCCGUCCGCAAGCGUCUGAUGGCCGAGGUUCCCUACGGUGUUCUGCUGUCUGGUGGUCUCGACUCCAGUUUGGUCGCUUCUAUCGCCCAGCGCGAGACGCUCCGCAUGGCUGAAGCUGCCCGCAACGCGCCUCAGAACGUCAACGCAGACGGCGAGUUGGUUGGCAUUGACGACGAAAAUGAUCUAUCGACCGUCACCACCUUCCAGCAGCUGCACUCAUUCUCCAUCGGCCUUCCCGGUGCCCCCGAUACCACCGCGGCCAUUGAGGUCGCCAAGUUCCUCGGCACUAAGCACCACCCCUUCACCUUCACUGUUGAGGACGGCCUCGAUGCUCUCUCUGACGUGAUCUACCACCUCGAGACCUACGAUGUUACCACCAUCCGUGCCUCUACUCCCAUGUACCUGCUCUCCCGUAAGAUCAAGGCCAUGGGUGUCAAGAUGGUUCUGAGUGGUGAGGGUUCCGACGAGAUCUUCGGUGGCUACCUCUACUUCCACGCUGCCCCCAACAAGGAGGAGCUCCAUAAGGAGACUGUCCGCCGUGUGAAGAACUUGCACUUGGCUGACUGCCUCCGUGCCAACAAGUCCACAUCCGCGUGGGGUCUUGAGGCCCGUGUUCCUUUCCUCGACAAGGAAUUCCUCGAGACCUGCAUGGGUGUCGAUCCCCAAGACAAGAUGAUCACCCCCGAGCGUAUCGAGAAGCACAUGCUGCGCAAGGCCUUCGACACCACUGAUGAGCCUGAGACCGCUGCCUACUUGCCUGACAAGAUUCUCUGGCGCCAGAAGGAGCAGUUCAGCGAUGGUGUUGGCUACAGCUGGAUUGAUGGCCUCAAGGAUGAGGCUGAGCGCCAAGUCACCGAUGAGAUGAUGAAGAACCCUAAGCCCCAAUGGGGCACUGACGUUCCCGACACCAAGGAGGCAUACUGGUACCGUACCAUGUUCGAUGAGCACUUCCCUCCUUACUGUGCCGGCACUGUCGAGCGCUGGACCCCUACCUGGUCCAAGCAGAGCGACCCCAGUGGAAGAGCCAUCGCCAUCCACAACCAGAAGUAUGACGAGUCGGAGUAA